CUAUUUCAGCGUGGAUAAAAUAAUUAAGUUUUUUCUAAUUAAGUCGUUUUAAUUCAGGAGCUGAACUUAAGAGGGCACAACAAUAUAGUUUUAAGUUUUUGUUGAAUAUAUAUAGUAUAAUUUUUUUUAUAUAAUGUAAUCUGUGUCUAUUAAAUUAAAUUUGAUUUUUUUAAUUAUUAUGAUAAUUGAUAUUGGUGUUGUGAAGGAGUUUCAGUUUGGGCUGCGUAUUUACAAUAUUUUCCAAUACUAAACAGCCUAAUUGUAACCACCAUUUUAAUUAAUUAAAUUCAUCUUAGAUAGUAACCUUGUCAGUUGUUUGGGUUAGAUUAUGAACGUGAGACCUUUCUAUGAAUAACAUUUACUUAACAUAUCUAAUCUAACAAAAAUGCGUUUUUCGAAUUGCCUUAAAAACUGUACCACUUUGCCACACGCGAAAUUUAUAAAGGAAUUAGAACAAAAUUUUAUCCCCCACAGCGCUUUCCAAAAAAUCUUGUUAGGCGUAGGAAGUGCAGUUGUAGCUCUCUUCGAUCCAUAUAGAGCUGAUAUGAUAUCAUGUAUGGGAGAAGUUACUGGCGGCGAAGCUUUAAAUUAUAUGAGGCAGAAAAUGCUAGAAACGAAUGAGGGUGCUGAAAUUCUACGCGAAAUGCCACGUAUAAACUCCCAAUUAGUAUGCUUCAAAACAUUGUCACAAAUGCCUAAAAAUACAGUGGGUCGUGUUUAUGCCGACUUUAUGGUGGAAAAUAAAAUUACGCCAGACGCUAGAUUACCUGUCCAUUUCAUAGAUGAUCCAGAAAUGGCUUAUGUUAUUCAACGUUAUAGAGAAGUUCAUGAUUUAGUGCAUGCAACAUUAUUUAUGAAAACAAAUAUGUUGGGUGAAGUAACUAUUAAAUGGAUAGAGGGCAUUCAAACAAAGUUACCAAUGUGUAUUAGUGGUGGAAUAUGGGGUGCAGCUCGACUUAAACCAAAACAUAGACAGUUAUACUUAAAGCAGUAUUUACCAUGGGCUAUCAAGACAGGAAAUGAUGCUAAGUUUAUGCAAGGCAUUUACUUUGAGAAGCGGUGGAAUCAGGAUAUAGAUGAUUUUCACAGAGAAAUGAACAUUACACGGCUGACUGGUACUUAGAUUAUUAUUAAGAAAAGCUUAUUAAAUUAUUAUAUUGUCAUGUAAAAAUUUUUGUAAAAUAAAAUGUUACUUUAAACAUUUAA